AUGGUUCAGCUUCCACGCAAGCCAGAGAUGAUUGUCAAGCUUGGCGAUUCAAGGACUAUCGCACUUCGACGGUUCCUAGCAAUCGAACGUCGACUUCAACGAGAACCCGACACCCAACGUGCCUAUGUGGACUUCAUGGAUGAGUACCAUCGCUUAGGUCAUAUGAGCAAGGUGGUAGCUUCUUCAAAGAACGAUGAAUCGUUUUAUCUACCACAUCAUCCGGUCUUCAAGACCGACAGCACCACGACGAAGUGUCGAGUGGUGUUUGACGCAUCGAGUAAAUCUUCAACGGGUGUGUCAUUGAGCGACACACUAAUGGUCGGGCCGACCAUUCAAAAAGAUGCCACUUCUAUUUUGCUGCGGUUCCGGACUCAACCAAUCGCGCUUACCGCUGACGUCACAAAAAUGUACCGACAGGAGUACGAGCUCAACACGGUAACAUAUGUGACAGCAUCCGCUUUAUUCCUGGCAGUGUGCUCGUUGCAACAAAUCGUAGCGGACCAUGGAGGAGAGUUUCCAGCCGCUGCAGAACGUUCCUGUGACUUCUACGUAGAUGACUUCGUUUCCGGCGGGCAAUCAUCUGAAGCGGUGCAGAUGCUGCGGCUGCAAACUGAGCAACUUUACGCAAGUGCAGAAUUCGAGCUGUGGAAGUGGGCGUCCACCGACCCAUCAGUACUCCAGAACGUGAACUAG